AUGGUUGUGAACCUCCUCGUGGUGGUGGCGAAAGGCCGAGUCGAAAGGGGAAGGCUUUGGAUUGCGUGGGAUGAUAACUUUAUUGAUGUUGAUGUUGCUGAAUGUGGUACGCAAUUCAUCCAUUGCCUUGUUUAUAUACGGUCACUACGUGAGUCAAUUGCCAUUACUAUGAUUUAUGGAGCUACGGAGGUGACAGACAAGAGGGAGUUAUGGGAUUCCCUAGUGACUAUUGCCAUGCAGACUGUUGAUAUCCCGUGGCUUAUUGGAGGGGAUUUCAAUGCGGUACGAGAUCUUAGUGAAAUAUGUGGAGCAUCGGGAGACAUUCAAAUGGCAAUGAAAGAGUUUAAUGACUGCAUUCAGAAUGCAGAACCACAAGCGGUAGUCGAUGAGUUUGUCAUGUACUACCAAAACCUGCUUGGUGGGGAAAGAAGGAGAGACGUAAUAGAUCUACGGUUCCUUCGACCAUGGGUGAGACAUCUAUUAAAUGAAGAGGACGUUAGCUCUUUACUCUUGCCAUUUACACCAACGGAUGUCAAGCAGGCAGUUUUUGACAUUGCGGAGGAUAAGGCACCGGGGCCGGACGGAUAUUCAUCGGGCUUUUUCAAAGCUGCAUGGCCUAUAGUGGGGCAGGAAGUGACGUCGGCAGUGCUGGAUUUCUUUACUACGGGACGAAUUCUGAAGCAGAUAAAUACUACACUUCUGGCGCUUAUACCCAAGGAGCUAUUUAUAGGCUACAACCAGGCUCUACCACCCCAGUGUGCCUUAAAAGUGGACAUUCGAAAGGCAUACGACACGGUGGAGUGGGAUUUUAUGAUCGCGGUGAUGGAGUUAUUUGGGUUCCCCUCUAAUUUCGUGAAGUGGAUUGAGGUGUGUGUUACUACAACUUCAUUUUCUGUUGGGCUGAAUGGGAAACCUCAUGGUUUCUUUAAGGGGGCUAGAGGGCUUCGACAAGGAGAUCCUCUUUCGCCAUACUUGUUCGUGCUUGUAAUGGAAGUACUACACUUGGGUUUCCUACAGUUGAUUGAUCAGGAUGAAUUAUUUUCCUUCCACUGGAAAUGUGAUACAUCCAGGGUUUUUCAGUUGGGCUUUGUUGAUGACUUGUUGUUAUUCUGUCAUGCUUAUAUGGACUCUAUUGGAGUCAUUAAAACAGGAUUGGGUCGAUUUGCUAUAUGGUCGGGGCUCAGGCUGAACGUGUGCGAUAGGACCUCGAUAUGGGUGGAAUGGUUGUACCAGGGUCGUUUACGAGGUACUUCCAUCUGGACGAUUAGAGAGCAUGGAGGAUCAUGGGUAUGGCGCAAUUACGAGGUACUUCCAUCUGGACGAUUAGAGAGCAUGGAGGAUCAUGGGUAUGGCGCAAAAUCCUCCGUUUUUACGGAUCUUCCUCCGAUCUAUGGUGGAUUAUUAGAUAGGAGAUGUGAGGAGAUUCUACUUGUGGCAAGACCCAUGGCAUCAUCUGGGACCCCUUAG